CACAGCUCAACAAGGGCGUGCGAUCAGGAUUUGAAACGCGUUUUCUGCGACUUCGUCUGUGAUGACCAAUCCUAUUACUAGAUACGCUGUCGCUCGAGAGAAUGGUUUCUUCAAAAUAGAGCAGGAAGCCGAUAUUCAAAGGCAUAGGCAGCGCUUGAUCAACCAGGGGCAUAUAGAGGACAUAGCAGCUGGAGCGUUUGGCCCGCGCCGGCAGCAGACACUGGAGCAGAGCGCUCAGACAUUCGAGGUGCUAGCAGAGGUCCUGCAGCAGCAGGCCCGUCUUGAUGACCCAACAGCUGCAGCCAGACAAGAGUAUGAGCGGAAGGUGCGGGGGCAGUUGCCAGCGCUGACAGAGGCAGAGAUGCAGCGGUACCGAUCUGCUCUGUACGGCGUUGCAGCGGCAGUAGGGCACGCACCUAAGUUGUCGCUAGCAGGGAGGCAUCGAUAUGGGGCACUCUAUGCAGCCUCAGGCGCCAGUCCUCCGACGACAGUAGACACACCAACACCCCAGGCGCGAGAGGCAGCCAGGCGAGCUUUCACAGCAGGGGCUCGCUCGUUGCUGUACGGCUCUGCGCUGGGCAUUGGGGGCGUUGUCCUGCUGAGCAGCCUGGCGUUGCGAGCCAUGGAUGUGCGCAGCCCUGCGGACUUCAAACUGCGAGCGCAGGAAGCCGCCAAUCCCCUCGCACACUCCCUCAAGUCCAGCCUGCAGCCCUUGAAAGGCCGGAUGCAGGCAGCAGCUGCGUCAUGGUUUGGGCUGGAAGUUGUUCAGGAAGGGGAGGGCUCGGGGCAGGUGGAGACAGAGUUUACCCGCUCACUGAGCAGGCGGCUGCACAGGCGGAUGGGCAGCCACCUCAGCGCGCAGCCAGAACAGCCGAACAGCCGAGAAUAGCUUCAAAUCUAUAUGGCAUUCAGUCAGCUAGAUGUACAUCAGUCAGACAUUAGUAUAUAUGUACCAAGAGUGUGACUAGCAUGCUCCUUAGUGUAUUUCUUAUGAUAUUUUUCUGCUGCCUUUGCGCAUGCAUUGAUGCCCACAUGGUGCAUUGAACGGUCUAGAUUAGUUGUUAGGCUGUUGUCGAACUACUGUAUUUACAAGUGAACACCACUUCUUCAAAUCUUUUCAAUCUGGAAAUGGUUCUGGUGCACCCUGAUUGGUUGCUUAGUGGAGGGCUUCACAGCAUGGACCAUUUCAAAGGCAGAUUGCCAGUGGUGCAUGUCUGAACAUGAAGUCAAGGAUAAGUGUCUGAACUCAAUAUUGUUGUUAGAAGGAUGGCUUUAAUUAGGUUUAUAGUCGAUAAGAACACACCAACGAUACAUUUCAUACUGGAUACAUUCCAUGCUGGCAAGUAACGAUUCUGUCAACCUG